GUCAGUUUGAGGAACCAACCACCGUUUCUUAAUCCACAAGUUUCUUUCUUUUUCCGCGAAAACUAUUCCUUCUUCUCCUUUCUUCUUUUGAUUUUCCAUUUUUUUUCAGGUAACAGUAAUUCAAAAUCUCAUUCUCGGAUUACACUAAACUCUGUUCCCAUAUGUCGAAUUCCCGCGAUACUGACGCAGCAUCGCCGGCGAAGGCGCCUAAAGCCCCAGCUGACGUGGAGACCACCUCUCCGGGGGUUGGAUUCGGCGUCUCCGCCAUUACCAGGCGUUGGCAGAGGGAGGAUUUGUUGAAGAAAGGGUCCUUGAUCGCCAGGGGAUUCGCUUUCUUCCUCUCUUUGCUCUCUUUCAUAAUCACGGCUAGCAACAAGCAUGGCGAUUGGAAAAAUUUUGAUAAAUACGAAGAAUACAGGUACUUGUUGGCAAUUGCAAUUCUAUCGGCUCUGUACACGGGAGUACAAGCGUUGAGACAUGUGAGCGCGAAGCAAAUAUUGGAUCAACGUCUCUCUGCCAUGGUUGACUUUGUUGGGGAUCAGGUAGUGUCGUACUUGUUGAUUUCAUCAGUAUCCGCGGCGAUUCCGAUGACGAACCGGAUGAGAGAAGGUCAAGACAACAUUUUUACCGAUUCCUCAGCUUCGGCUAUCAGCUUGUCUUUCUUUGCCUUUUUAUUGCUGGCAAUAUCAGCCAUGAUUUCUGGCUAUAAAUUGUUUACUCAGUCAUACAACUGAUCAAUUGGUUUAGACUUCUUCCCAGUACAGAGUACAGAGCAGUUUCCUUAGCUCUUUGUUGUAUGUUCUAUUCUAUGGAUUU